GCCGCGAGAGACUAUCAGGGAUCUUGGGUGUUAGUGCCAACCAGGCCAGUCAGUUCCAGGACAGUUUCCUCCAGACCUACAGUGAAGUCCAGGCCUUCAUCCACAGGACCAUCCAGCUGUGCCACAAACAAGGUUAUGUGCUGUCCAUCAUGGGUCGUCGACGAACCCUCCCUCACAUCCACUCUCCAGAUUGGGGAAUCCGCAUGCAGGCUGAAAGGCAGGCUGUCAACUUUACAGUUCAAGGUUCUGCUGCUGAUCUCUGUAAGGUGGCCAUGAUCCGAAUCUUCAACCUCGUGUGCACCAGCUCGCUCACCGCCAGGUUGAUAGCGCAGCUCCAUGAUGAGCUUCUGUACGAAGUGGAGGACUCACAGGUGGAAAACUUUGCAGCGUUGGUGAAGAGCACCAUGGAGUCCCUGCAGCACAUGGACCAGCAGGGCGUCCAUCUCAAG